AUGGGACUCGUAGACGAGAAUGAAAUGAGAGUCAUGUUCUAUAGCGAGGUAUAUAGCUUAAGAACUGACUCUUGGACACAAGUUGACAGCCUCCCUUUUUGUAUUUGGAAUGCUUGUAGAGGUAUGAAGACAAACCUGAAUGGGAUUGGUAAUUGGUGGGCAUCGGAUACUGAUCAUUGGGAAGGUAUUUUGUCAUUUGACAUAGCCAAGGAAGUAUUCCUAAUAACUCCGAUGCCGGAUGAUAGCCUUACAUAUAAUGGAUAUCGAUGUGAUGUUGAAUAUUUCUUGUUCAAUGAGUUGGUUGCUGCGGCUAUUAGUUGGAAAAAUAGAUAUGCGGAGGGGUCACGAAUGUGUUGGGAUGUAUGGUUAUUACAUGAAUAUGGGGUUAGGGAGUCUUGGACAAAGCUGUUCAAGGUUGGCCCUCUUACAGGAAUUCGUAGACCAUUAGAAUUUUGGAGGAAUGACAUCAUAUUCUUGGAAAAAGAUGAUAGACAGCUGGCUUUGUAUGACGUCUCUACCAAAGAGAUGAUAACUAUUCUUCAAAUUGAUGGAGAUCAAGUAUUCUCGUUUCAGGUCAUUAGUUACAUGGAAAGCCUAGUUUCCAUUAGUGGAUUAAUUAAUUAA